UCAGGACUGACAAGCCACCCCAGUCAACCAGUUCCUUAACAACCCUUGAGUAGAGCAGACAGACUACCCAGAGGACAGACAUAUAGACAGAGACCAACAGACAGUGAGAGGGACAGAAUAUGCUCUUCCUAGCCCUUUUCCUGGGCAUCAUGCUCUGCACAGCCCAAGAGCGAAGUCCUCCAGUGAUCAAGCUGAACUCUGUGUUGCUGUGGGAGGCUGAGAAGACUUUGCAUUUAGGAACGUCGUUCACCUUGACCUGUGAGGGGGACAGCACAGCCACCUGGUCUACCACAGCGUUCAAAAAGAGGAACACUAAACAGGGGAGUAUGAUUUCCACCAGGCACCUUACAGCAGACUACACUGGCACAUACAAGUGUGUGUAUGACAACCAACCAGACCUGUUCUCAGAGGUCCACAUCUAUGUGAAAGAUCCCAUUAAUGUUCUGGUAACCCCCCGCAACAUGAGAGAUGUUAAGGAGGGCGGGGAUCUUCUCCUCUGUCAGCUGACAGACCCCAGUGCCACAGACCUGUCCCUCCGUAUGGCCAACGGAGACCCAACACCCCCCGACAUGAACUACACUGUCAAUCCCAGGAGAGGGAUCCUCAUCAGACACCUUCUGACCAGCCACAGUGCAAACUACAUCUGCAGCGCAAAGAUCAAUGGGGUCACAACACGCUCCAAAGACAUCAACAUCAAUGUCGUUCAAAGGUUGCGUUGGCCACCGUCUGUGUUAAUUGAGGUAGAUGGGUAUGUUAGUAUUGUUGGAGAGGAGCUCCUCAUCCCCUGCAUCACCAGUAACCCUAACCACUUCUACAACAUCACCUGGAAACACUCCUCCCUCAAAGCAUUGAACUUCUUACAAAAAGUAAUGCAGGACAAGCAGGUCCACAUCACCAGUACUGUGACUAUCCCGGCUGUGACCAUGUCUGACACAGGAAACUUCACCUGUACAGCCAUGAAUGAGGCUGGGGCCAACACAUCCACCACCUACCUGCAGGUCGUAGACGAGCCUUACAUUAGGUUCAUACCCCGCCUGUCACCCAAUCUAUACCAAAAUGGCUCCUUAGUCAAUGUGAAAGAAGGGGAGAACCUUGAGAUAAGCAUUCUGAUCGAGGCCUAUCCCCAAAUCAAGGAGCAUUGGUGGGACGUGCCCAUGUCUCACAGUCACAACAUCUCCACUCAUGGCGACACAUGGACCGCCCAAGACAAUUACAGGUACGAGAGCAGCCUGCUGCUACACAGAGUCAGGUCUGAGGAGAGGGGCCAGUACACCCUCCACACCAGGAGCACGCGCCUCAACAGCUCCAUCACCUUCAAUAUCCAAGUCUACCAGAAACCCAGUGCCAUGCUCAGACUGAAGAAUUCUACCACCCUGACCUGCACCUCCUCUGGAUACCCAGCUCCCACAAUCCUCUGGUACCAGUGCCCAGGAAUACAAAGCACGUGUGAUGCGGACAAUGACACCGUGGAGGUGCACCCUCUCUUCACCAGCACCAUGGAGGUGCAGAGUGAGCUGACCCUCAGUCCCUCAACUGAGGAGGUCACAGUGGAGUGUGUCACCUUUAACUUUGCUGGCAAAAAUCGGGUCACCUUCGUAUCGCAUGUUCUUGCUGCCACUCCAACAUUUGUAAUGUCCGAGCUGUUCACCCCCACUCUCAUUGGAGCCACCAGCACAGCAGCCCUUCUGUUCCUACUGCUUGUCAUCGUUCUGUACAAAUACAAGCAGAAACCCAAAUAUGAAGUCCGGUGGAAGAUCAUCGAGGCCAAUGAUGGGAAUAACUACACCUUUAUUGACCCUACACAACUUCCGUAUAACAAGAAGUGGGAGUUCCCUCGUGAUAAGCUGAGGCUUGGCCAGAUUCUGGGAGCAGGGGCUUUUGGGAAAGUUGUGGAGGCCACUGCCUAUGGUCUGGGGACCGAUGACAACAGGACCACCCGUGUGGCAGUAAAGAUGCUCAAGCCAGCAAGCGCCCACUCAGAGGAGAGAGAAGCUCUGAUGUCAGAACUGAAGAUCCUCAGUCACCUGGGAUGUCAUGACAACAUUGUUAACCUGUUGGGGGCGUGUACUCAAGGAGGCCCAAUGCUGAUGAUCACAGAGUACUGUAGCCAUGGCGACCUGCUGAACUUCCUGCGUAGCAAGGCCAAGCUGUUCCUGGACUCCAUCCUGAGUGGACCAGGGGUUCCAGAGGUUCCAGGGGAUAGUGAUCACUACAAGAACACAUCUAGCCAGGAGUCUCGUGUCAGGAGUGACAGUGGGAUCUCCUGCUCCAGCUCAGACAACUACCAGGCCAUGCAUCCAGCGCAGAGGCCCAAAUACGGCCCUAUGGGUUCUUUAUGUGAGGAUCCAGAGACAGACACCUGGUCGCUGGACAUAGAAGACUUGUUGAGGGUCUCCUAUCAGGUGGCUCAGGGAAUGGACUUCCUUGCAUCCAAAAAUUGCAUUCACAGGGACGUGGCCGCUAGGAACGUCCUGUUGACCGAUGGCCACGUGGCUAAGAUCUGCGACUUUGGGCUCGCUCGAGACAUCGAGAAUGACUCCAACUAUGUGGUGAAAGGAAAUGCCCGUCUGCCAGUGAAGUGGAUGGCCCCCGAGAGCAUCUUUGACUGUGUGUACACAGUGCAGAGUGAUGUCUGGUCCUAUGGGAUACUGCUGUGGGAGGUCUUCUCUCUGGGUAAGAGCCCAUACCCUAAUAUUGUGGUGGACACCCGGUUUUACAAGAUGAUCAAAGAUGGAUGCCACAUGUCACAGCCGGACUUUGCCCCUCCAGAGAUAUACACCAUCAUGAAGAUGUGUUGGAACAUGGAACCAACAGUGCGUCCAACCUUCAGUACCAUUGGCCAGCUUAUCCAGAGUCUACUGCCUGACCAGCCAGACCAGACCUACAGGAAUGUGCAGGACAAGACGCCACAGCAGGAGGCAGGAGAGCAGAGUGACCAAACUAAGAUUAGUGAGGAUUGUGAUCAGACACUGAACCAUGAAGAAGAGGAAAAGCCCCUGAUGAGGAAUAACAACUACCAGUUCUGCUGAGAGCACAUCAGGCCAUCCUCCAUUACUAUACAUUCAUAGGUGACUGUCUGCCAGUCAUAGCCAAGAGUUGGAUGCACUAGACACACCAAAUUAUCCAAAUGUCUUGACUCUCAUUGUAGAGAACAUGGUUUUAGUGUCAUAUAGUACCUUUUUUACGAAGUACAAAGUCAAGUUCCAGUAAGCAACAACAGUUUUAAAAGGAAGUAAGCGUGUAUGCCUUCAACAUUUUAUGUACAGAAAAUGACCAUAAACCCAGACAUUAUUCUACGCAUUUAACUUUUAUAUUUACACAGAUCAAGAUAUUUUACAAACUCUGAUCGGACUGUGACAACUUAAUGCCAGUAGCGAUGCGUGGGUAAAAUCCCUAGGGAACCCGAGUCAGGGGAAAAAAAGCCAUAUUACAACCUAUGUGUUGUGAUAAUUGCAUUAUUUGCUCUAUAACCUGUUAGUUCAUAUGCCUUGACACCGUGAUAUAUAGGUCUAAGGCCGAGACAAUAAGAAGAUACAGUGGAAGAAUUAUUUCAACCACACCUUUUUUUCAUCACAAAACCAGAGAGCAACCGCUGUCCUCUGUUUGUGCAACUAGAAAAAAACAUGUCUCACCCUACUUGUAGAGAAACGCCAACGCCAUCCUCCUCUCUUCCAUGUUGAGGAAACGGUCUAUGACUCUGUCAUACAGUACACGCUUUUAGUUUUAGUUGUCCUAGGCUACCUGGCUAAAAUGUUUGCUCGCUAGCCUAACAAUGACUCAAUGUGAUGCAACAAUUCAAGUUGUUUCUGUCAAUGACGUUUUGCUUUUGAGGAUGUUAUUUGUGUGAAGCAAAUCCAAGCUGGCUUCCCUUGACACUUUUUCUUUGGUGCGCCAGGACCAUUCACAGUUGAGCUCACUCAGUUUAGCUCACCGCCGAUUGGUUAUUAUUUCAUUUGAAUUUUUAUCAAGGGAGGCCAAAUGCUUGCUGUAUUCCCUUGCAUUCAAUGCUACGGGCGGCAACAAUGUCAUACUCUUUUUCACCAGACAGCAUCAGAUAGAUGGGCUACACAUACAGAGGCAGAGGGGCGCUGUUUGGCUCACUCGGAUGCUUUCUCUGGAGGGACACAUUCAGCCUCUUGCGACUUGAAAGAAAAUGAUGAAACAGAUGAAAGGAAAUGAUUUUAUGUUUUUUUCUUGGUAAGUUUUUUGGUGAAGCCUGCCAUGAAUACUGCUUCGUGAGCCACUGCUUAAUGCAUCUCUUUAAAAAUGAUUGGAGAAUGGAGCCACUUACAUAUGCAGUUUCAUUUGUUUCCAAUACUCACAAAGUUCUCAACACCAGUUUUACUGAACUGAGAUCAACGUUUCAAUAUGCCUAAGUAACACAAGACAUAGUUACUGCGAAAACGUUUUUAUUUUAUGGUGGGCAGUCAAUAACUUUUGUGUUUUGUGUUUAGCCAGUGUGUAGCCUUGGCUCACAAUUUAUUUUGAGCACGUUUUGCUGUUUUGGAGAUUCGUUUUGGUUGGGCUCGUUCCAAGGGGAUGAGAGUCAAAAGUUUGGACACACCUACUCAUUCAAGGGUUUUUCUUUAUUUGUACUAUUUUCUACAUUGUAGAAUAAUAGUGAUGACAUCAAAACUAUGAAAUAACACAUAUGGAAUCAUGUAGUAACCAAAAAAGUGUUUAUAUUUCAGAUUCUUCAAAGUAGCCAAACUUUGCCUUGGUGACAGCUUUGCACAAUCUUGGCAUUCUCUCAACCAAGUGUGCCUUGUUAAAAGUUAAUUUGUGGAAUUUCUUUUUUUGUUUGUUUGAGCCAAUCAGUUGUGUUGUGAAAAGGUAGGGGUGGUACACAGAAGAUAGCCCUAUUUUGUAAAAGACCAAGUCCAUAUUAUGUCAAGAACAGCUCAAAUAAGCAAAGAGAAAUGACAGUCCAUCAUUACUUUAAGACAUGAAGGUCAGUCAAUCAGGAACAUUUCAAAAACUUGAUUUGUUUAACACUUUUUUGGUUACUACAUGAUUCCAUGUGUGUUAUUUCAUAGUUUUGAUGUCUUCACUAUUAUUCUACAAUGUAGAAAAUAGUAAAAAUAAAGAAAAACCCUUGAAUAAGUAGGUGUGUCCAACCUUGUGACUGGUACUGUAGGUAUAUUAUUAUGAAUUGUAGCAACAUAUUUUCCCUAUUAAAAGUGCUUGUAAUAAUGUAACAAAACAAUUACUGUAUUUUUGGUCUUGACUUGAGUGUAAGAACAUUUUACCAAUACAUGGAAAUGUACUGUAAGUAUGUAAUCAAAUAAAAAGGUUCAAAUUCA